AAAAUGCGGUGGUCAUUUCCAUAUAGUCCACUUUUAUCAAACAGUAUACCUUGGAGUUCAGUUAGUUUCGGACUUGGAGUUGAUUCAAACGUAAAAAUAAUUUCCUCGAUUCUAACGGUGCCUUAUUUGAACAAGGUGGUGAAAUUUUUUUUUAGUGAGGUGUGAAUUUUCUUGGCGCAAUAAAUAAAGGAAUAAUUUUCGAUUGAAGCAGUUAGAAGUUUUAAACUAUCAAAAUGCAGUCGUGUGGAAUGAAUAUUAUCAAAUAUAUUCUGUUUGUGUUUAACGUCUUCUUUGCGAUAAGUGGACUCGGCAUAUUGAUAGCUGGGGCUCUAGUUCUCUCAGACAUCAAUGAAUUUAACUACUUCUUGGAAGGUCGAGUCACCGCACCCCCAAUCGUUCUGAUUGUUACUGGUGCCAUCAUAUUUUUAAUAGCUUCACUGGGAUGCUACGGAGCCAUCAGGGAGUCACCGUCGAUGCUUUAUGCCUUUGCCUUCCUCUUGUUGAUUAUAUUCAUCGUUGAGCUGGCAGUUGGAAUUGCAGCAUGUGUAUUCAAAUCGGACCUGCAAAUGAUGCUUCAAAAAUCUUUGCAAGACUCUAUCGAACGAUCUAGCAUGGACGAUAUAAUGGCUUGGGAUAAUGUUCAGCAAAAGUUACAGUGUUGCGGUAUCAAUGGAGCAUCGGACUGGCAAGAUUUUAGCCGAAACCAUACAAUAAGAGCUAGCUGCUGUCGUCCUAAUCAUAUUGAUGGAACUAAAGAUUGCAAGAACGGUGCAGCGCUGUUCCAGCAUCGUUAUUACCAGGAUGGUUGCCUGCCGAAACUCAAGUCAAAAAUUGAUAGCAACGCUGUCGUUUUAAUUGGUGUGGGACUCGGUCUAGCAUUCGUUCAACUUCUUGGAAUUGUUUUGGCGUGCUGGCUGGCCUCGGCAAUCCGAAGAGAAAAUGCGAAGUAAAGAUAAGGAUCAGCAAAUAAUAAUCGAUGCGAGAACCAGCAUACGCCAUCAUAAUUCCAAGCAACAAUCAAAUACCUCUUUGUCAUUUAAAUUUCUAUAAUCAAGCAUUUACAUGGCAUUCAUAAUGGCUAAUGUGAAGGUUAAAAUGUUGUUAUUAUUCGAAAUUGAGAUAUUAUAUAACUAAGUUGAAU